GGUGAUGUCGGAGCCCAAGCCCCCCAGUCCUCCUACCCCUGGUGACACUUACAAAGGUUGGCUCUUUAAAUGGACUAAUUACAUCAAGGGUUACCAGAGGCGAUGGUUUGUUCUCAGCAAUGGAUUGCUGUCUUACUACAGAACUCAGGCUGAGAUGGGUCACACGUGCAGAGGCACAAUAAACUUGGCCACUGCCAACAUUGCUGUGGAAGACUCGUGCAACUUUGUCAUUUCCAACGGCGGGGCGCAGACCUAUCACCUGAAGGCCAGCUCUGAGGUGGAGCGCCAGCGAUGGAUCACUGCGCUGGAACUCGCCAAAGCAAAGGCGGUCCACAUGCAGGCUGAAUCUGAUGAUUCUGGUGAUGAUUUCCCUGCAGCCCCCCCUGUCUCGGGGCAGGGCGGAAGCUGUCGUAACUCUGAAAUCCAAUCCACAUUGCGUACACUGAGCAACAAGGUGGAGGACCUUUCCACCUGCAACGAUCUUAUUGUCAAACAUGGGUCUGCCCUCCAAAGGUCUUUGUCAGAACUGGAAGGGCUGCGUGUUGGCGUUGGGGACAUGGGGGAGAAGAUCAGACAAGUCGCAGAGAGAGCCACGCUUUUUCGAAUUACCUCUAACGCCAUGAUUAAUGCUUGUAGAGACUUUCUCUCCAUGGCCCAGAGUCACGGUAAGCGCUGGCAGAAGGCCUUACAGACUGAAAGAGAGCAGAGGAUUCGUCUGGAGGAUACCUUGGAACAGCUCGCCAAGCAGCACAACCAUUUGGAAAGAGCUUUCAGAGGAGCCACGGUUCUCCCCCCUUCAUUCAGUAAUCUCACUUUAGUGAACAAAGGUGGCGUUUCAGGAAAAGGGGAUGCCAGCGACGAGGAUGAUGACAUUGAGUUCUUUGAUGCGAUGGAAGACCCAGCAGAAUUCAUUACUGUUCCUGCUGAUCCAAAAUUUCAUAGGAGAUCUGGCAGCAAUGUCAGUGGGAUUAGCACUGAGGCUGGGAUGGAUGAUCAGUCGCUCGAUGAACUGUCUCUGACAUCCAAUUCAGAGUCUCCACAGUCUCUUGAGCUGGAGCCUGUUAGACAGAGACGAACUCGUAUCCCAGACAAACCCAACUAUUAUCUCAAUUUGUGGAGCAUCAUGAAGAACUGUAUUGGAAAAGAGCUCUCGAAGAUACCAAUGCCUGUAAAUUUCAACGAGCCCCUGUCUAUGCUGCAGCGACUGUCCGAAGAUCUGGAGUACUAUGAGCUCCUGGAUAAGGCAGCGAAGUGUCACAGCUCUUUAGAGCAGAUGUGUUACGUGGCAGCUUUCACAGUAUCCUCCUACUCCACCACCGUCCACCGCACAGGGAAGCCAUUCAAUCCUCUGCUUGGAGAAACAUUUGAGCUUGAUCGCCUGAGGGAGUGCAGUUACCGCUCACUGUGUGAACAGGUGAGUCACCACCCACCUGCUGCAGCACACCAUGCCUUCUCUGAAAAGGGCUGGACCCUUAGACAAGAGAUUACACUGGCCAGCAAGUUCAGAGGGAAAUAUCUUUCUAUUAUGCCCCUGGGAUCUAUCCAGUGUAUGUUCGAUAAAAGCAACAAUCACUACUCCUGGAAAAAAGUUACCACAACCGUCCACAACAUUAUUGUUGGGAAGUUGUGGAUUGAUCAGUCGGGUGAAAUAGAUGUGGUGAACCACAAAACUGGAGAUCGUUGCCACCUCAAGUUUGCUCCCUACAGUUACUUCUCCAGAGAUGUACCACGAAAGGUAACCGGAGUUGUAACGGAUAAGGAUGGGAAGGCCCACUAUGUGCUGUCAGGAACAUGGGAUGAGAAGAUGGAGUUUUCCAGAAUAAUGCAAAGCACCAAAGGCGAGAACGGCACUGAAGGCAGACAAAAAACUGUUUAUCAGACCCUCAAGCCAAAAGAAAUCUGGAGGAAGAACCCUUUACCAGAGGGAGCAGAGAAUAUGUACUACUUCUCCUCGCUUGCCUUGACACUUAAUGAGCCCGAAGAGGGAGUGGCGCCAACGGACAGCCGGCGGCGCCCUGAUCAGCGGUUUAUGGAGGAAGGUCGCUGGGACGAAGCUAAUGCAGAGAAACAAAGGCUGGAAGAAAAGCAGCGCUCUACUCGCCGAGAAAGAGAAAGGGAAGCUGUGAAAGCCGUCAACUCACCUGAAGAAGGUGCCCAUCCAGACAACUAUCAAGCACUGUGGUUCGAGAAGAUGCACGACCCCGUCUCUGGAGAGACGCUGCACGUCUACAAGGGCGGUUACUGGGAGGCAAAGAAGCAAGGGAGCUGGGAAACGUGCCCAGACAUCUUCUGACCCCCGCAGAGUUGGUGUCAAACAGAGAAGAAAUGUUGAGCAGGUUCUUCCCUGCGUCAAAUCUAGUGAUGAAUGAAGCUUCACAAAAAACUCUAAACCCAUGUGAGCACUCCUUCCUGCUGGAUCAGGGUCACCUGGAAUUCACCUGU